UAUCCCUCCGCGCCGCCAGGAGGCGGAAGCGGCUCCGAUGCGCUGUUGUUGUUUUUAUUUCCCCAGAAAAAAAAUAGACAUUUUGGGGGAGCUAGCCAGCUGGUUGAGAGUAAAAGCUUUACUAUCUGCUUUUUCUAAACAUUCAGAUGUGCGUUUCAACGUACACAUUGCAAAGUGGUUCAAAGUUAAAAUAAAUAUAUAUUUUUUCGGCUGUACCUUGCAGUCACGUUAGCUACGUUGUUGCUAGCUAGCUAGCUAGCUGCAGUGUUGUUUAGGGAGCUGUGAUGGCUGACUCCAGCAGCAGCAUCUUGACGUCUUCUGAACGCCCGGCGGUCGGAGGCGGGACUGCGGGAAAAGCAACGUCUUCUUCAGUUGUGUCCGGAAAUGGAAACUGGGACGGCGCAGGCGGGAUGGACCAGAUAACAGUGGUGAGAAUAGACGACACACACAUUAAGGAGGAACAGUGUCAAGACGGGGGGAAGGUAAAAGACACCGCGCAGUAUGAGAUGGAGUACUUGGUGCCCGCGGCGGAGGAAGAGGAAGAAGAAGACGGCGUUUACGUCAUCGAGUAUUCAAAUCCCGAAGAGGAAGGAGAGAGCUACCAGUUCACGAUGUCUGUGGACAAAUCGCUCCCGUCCAAAAAGCCGAUAAUAACGCACCCCGUGGCGGGGGGAGAGAGCGCCAGAUCUCCACCACCCGUGUUGCCCAAACCGUCCGUAGCGCCGAGGCCGAGACCCGGCGCGAGGCACAAGAGGAAGCUGAUCGCGGAGGAGGAAAAAGAGGAGGAGGUCCUGAGCAAUAAGAGCGUGCUGGAGCUCGGGGAGCACUACAGCGACGUGAUGGGGGUGAACUCGGGCGUGGGUCCGAGUCGGCUGGUGUGCACGCUGUGCCCACCGCCCGGCAAGUUCUUCAAGAGGGGCUCGGGUCUGGCCGUGCAUUUGAAGCACAUGCACAACCUGGACACCAACAAGAGGUUCUUCUGCGUGCCGUGCCAGCGCUCGGUUCGCACCCAGAUCGAACUGGACCGGCACACGAAACGCCACGCCAACAAGGCCGCCGUGUUCACCUGCCACCUCUGCCCGGCGGAGGCGGGGAAGAGGGGGUACAAAGGGUCUCGGUGGGGUCUGAGGAGUCACCUGGAGACGGAGCACCCGGGCGUCGUCCCUCGCUGCCACAUCUGUAACAAAGGCUUCCAGUCCGUCGUGACCUACCUGGCCGACCAGUUCAGGCACGUGGGCGUGUCGCCACACCACUGCGCCAAGUGUCAGAUCUACGAAAUGACUGAGAGGGGUCUGCUCAUUCACAUCAAGAACCACGACAAGAAGAAGCAGCAGCAGGUGGAGGAGGAGGAGGAGUUGGAGGUGGAGGUGGAGGAGGUGGAGGUGGAGGAGGUUGGGGAAACCCCCCCGCAGAUGCUCGGAGUCUCCGCCAACGGCGACAACUCCGCCACAGACGACUCCGACUUCUGACGCGGUUUCGUUGUAGUUCUGUCUGUUGUUGUGAAGUCUUUUUUUUUGUCAGACAUGUCUGACUUUUAAGCAUCUUUUGACUGUUUAUUUGUAUUUGUAUUAUUUGGUUUUUUUUUUAAAUCGCAAAAUCUGCCUCGAGUUGUCCGUAACUCGUGCAGUUCGGUUGAGUCGUCUACCUUUUUAGCAUCGUCAUCGUGGAGGAAACACAGUUGGGUUAACGCGGUCUCCACGCCGAUCGAAGGAAAGCUUGGUGUAAAAAAAAAGGAUUAGUUUGACAUUUUGGGACUUCUGCUGAUUCUCUUUCUCGCUGAGAGUCGGAUGAAAGGACCAAUACGACUCUCCCUGAA